CUGAGCUAUAUCUCGAACGUCGUCAAGAAAAAUGUUUAAUUAUUGGCGUGUUUCAGGUUGUACUAAUAGGAAAAACCGAGAAAAACAUUUGGGAUAUUAUCGACUUCCAAAAUUUAUUAAAAACCAAGGAGAGGAAUGCCAGAAGUUAUCAGAGGAAAGGAGGCGCUUGUGGUUGGCAAAGCUCAACCAACAUCUACGAGGGAAAAAUCUGCACAAUAUCCGGAUUUGUUCGGCACAUUUCUUGUCAGGUAAGAAGUCUGACCUUUACCAAAAGGAUGACCCAGAUUUUGUGCCAUCUGUUGGACUGACAGGUCAGCAAGGAGGUUCACCUCAGUCAACCAAAGAAACAGGGAACUCAAGCUACAAACGUCGCAUGACUCUAACCCAGCUGAAGCUGCUACUGCUUCUAGUGCUGCUGAGACUGAUGAUGACCCCACCACAAGUGAUUGUCAGCAACAAUUUUUGCUGCAUAGGGACUCAAACUGAAUUGACUGGUGAUGUCAUUGAGGGUAUGACCAAUGAACUUCAAAAUCUUAGAACUGAAAACAUUCAGUUGAGCUCUGAUGUUGCACAUGUGUCCACUUCCUAUGACCAAAGUGCCUUUGUUGACAAGGAUGAAAAGGUUUUAUUUUUUCACUGGCCUACCUACAUACCAGAUACUGUUAGUAUUAUUCACAUUCCUUAG